GUUCAUAUGUGUUAUUUAACUUUUUAUUCAAUUUUUCUUCAUUAAACUAGUAAAAAUUUAUAAUUUCAUGACCUUUAAAACAGAAUUAUAUACCAGAUUUCUGGUUUAUGUAGCUCAAAUAGAAGAUGUUUAAGUUCGGAAGUAAAAAAGACGUAAACACUGAUUACAAGUGCACCAUAAGAUUGUUGGAUGACACGGAAGUUUUACAAUGUGAUUUUCAGAGUGAACAUAAAGGUCAAUACCUUUUGGAUUAUACAUGUAAUGCUCUAAAUCUAGUAGAGAAGGACUAUUUUGGAUUGAGAUAUGUUGACUCACAUAAACAAAGACAUUGGUUAGAUCUCACUAAAUCCAUACUGAAGCAAGUCAAAGGUAUGUCUCCAAUUAUAUUUUGCUUCAGAGUUAAAUUUUAUCCUCAAGAACCAUAUCGUUUAAAAGAAGAAAUAACAAGGUAUCAAAUCUUUCUACAAUUAAGACGAGACCUUCUUCAUGGCCGCUUAUAUUGCUCACAAAGUGAUGGUGCAAUGCUUGCUGCAUAUAUUAUUCAAUCUGAACUUGGUGAUUAUGACCCUGAAGAGCAUCCACCUUCUUAUGUAUCUGAGUUUAAAUUAUUGCUAAAACAAACUCCAAGAUUAGAAGAAAAAAUUGCAGAAAUUCACCAAACACAAUUGAGAGGACAAGUUCCUGCUGUUGCUGAAAUGAAUUUUUUGCGGAAAGCAUGUUUACUUGAUACUUACGGUGUUGACCCACAUCCUGUCAAAGAUCAUAAAGGGACACAACUGUAUUUAGGAAUCAAUUAUGCAGGCAUUCUUACUUUCCAAGGCAGUCGAAAGACUCAUCAUUUGAAAUGGCCAGACAUUCAAAAAAUCAAUUAUGAAGGGAAAAUGUUCAUUGUGCAUCUUCUCUUUAGUGAGGAUGCUCGGACAAAGAAAAAGCAUCUAGUUGGAUUUAAAUGCCCUUCUCAAGCAGCUUGUCAUCACUUAUGGAAAUGUGCUGUAGAGCAAAGAUAUUUCUUUACAAUGGAAUCAUCAAAUGAUGUUCCACAAGUAACAACUAGUGGUGGUAUAUUUUCAAGAGGUUGCAAAUUUAGAUAUAGUGGAAGGGUUGAAAAAGAAAUUGUUGAAGAUACUAAGGGCAUCAUAAGGGAGCAACCACAGUUUCAGCGAUCUUUCACAAGGCCUCCAUCUUUCCGUAAAUAUAUUGAUGGAUAUUUUAGUUCACCAUCAACAUCUCCUAAAGAUGAGCAUAUAGUGAAUGAUUAUAAUAAUGUGAUGUACACCAAUCAUACCGUCAACAGUGUGCAUGCUGUUGUCAAUGAAGAUGAUUCACUGCAAGUGAAUCAUAACUCAGCUGCUCUUCAGACUUCUCCUUCAGAUGGUUUAGAUAUAUUGGAAGAAGAAUGUGAUUCAUAUAAUCCAACAGAUACUGUUCUUUCUGAAUCUCCAUCUUUUAGCAGCAAUCAAGCAUCAUGCAAUAAUUCCUUAAUGAGACCAAAUUCAGAAGAGGGCAACCACGAUGACUCCGACUCUGUGGAGGAGCUUCCUGAAUCAUCUGAAAUGCAAAGUUCAUAUCAGUCUUCAGUAUGCAGACAGACUGAAGAUGUGAUGCCAUUGGAUGUUAAAAUUCCAAAGCGCAAAGUUCCAAUGGCUCAGUCAACUGCUCUUCCUUUACAUGUAAAUGUGAUGCGUGUGAUUGUCUUAGCCUGUUUGUUUGUCUUACUUCUUCUAUCGUGCCUUUUGAUCGUCAUCAUGGAAUCAGAUUCAACCCUUUUUAGUGACAUUCGUAAACUGCCUGAAAUGAUCAUUUUACGGCGAGAGUAUUAUGAACCUGCUAAGGACUAUAUUGUAGAACACAUGAAUUAUUUGUUCAAGAGAUGAAGUCAUUGGAGAGUUUGUUGAAAACAGAAUUUGUUUUAUUUCUUCAUGUUAAUUCUAAAGGAACAAAAUAAGUCUUUCCAAUUUAUAUAAAUAUAUAUCUAUGCAAUUUUGCUUCAUGUUAUUGUUAUGUAUAUGAGCCAAAACAGAUUGAAAAAAAUUAUAUGAAAAGCCCAUUUCUUACUUUUUUUUAUGGGCUAUGUCUUGUUACAUUGCAUUUCAAAUCUUUUUAAGAUUGCUAAAAUUUAUGA